ACUGUUGUUGUCAGCAAGUAGCAGCUAAGCUAAUUUUAAGAUAUCGUCAGCCGGCGAGCAGAGAGGUGAAACACAGUAAGGAUUACAACAGUCAAAGGUCUUCCUCACCGGCUCCGGUUUAAAGUCUACAAUGGUGAGUUCCGAUCCAACUCUAGAGAGGCAUUUUAAGGGCCACAGGGAGACUGUGACGAGUGUGGACUUAAGCUGCAACAUGAAACAGAUCGCCACAGGCUCGAUGGACUCCUGUGUGAUGAUCUGGAACAUGAAGCCUCAGAUGCGAGCGUAUCGUUUUGAUGGACACAAAGAUGCUGUCAUGUCCAUUCAGUUUUCUCCCUCAGGUCACCUAGUGGCCUCUGCCUCCAGAGACAAGACUGUACGUCUAUGGGUUCCUAGCAUGAAGGCUGAGUCAACAGCUUUCAGGGCUCACACUGCCACUGUGCGCAGCGUUAACUUUUCUGGCGAUGGACAGACUCUGGUCACAGCCUCUGAUGACAAGACCAUCAAAGUGUGGACAGUUCACAGGCAGAAGUUCCUCUUCUCUCUCAACCAGCACAUCAACUGGGUCCGCUGUGCCAAGUUUUCUCCUGAUGAUCGUUUGAUUGUGUCGUCCAGUGAUGAUAAGACUAUAAAGCUGUGGGACAAGAAUAGCCGAGAAUGUAUUCAUUCUUUCUAUGAACAUGCUGGUUAUGCAAACCAAGUGGAGUUCCAUCCCAGUGGAACAUGCAUCGCUGCAGCCAGUACUGACAACUCUGUAAAGGUGUGGGACAUCAGAUCCCACAAGAUGCUGCAGCACUACCAAGUCCACAGUGGAGUCGUGAACAGCUUGUCUUUCCACCCUGAUGGUAAUUUCCUCAUCACUGCGGCCAACGAUUCCACAAUGAAGAUACUGGACCUUGUAGAGGGCAAGCUACUGUACACACUGCACGGCCACCAGGGUCCAGUGACCUGUGUGGCCUUCUCCAGGACAGGAGAGUACUUUGCCUCUGGUGGCUCUGAUGAACAGGUGAUGGUGUGGAAGAGCAACUUUGACUGUGCAGAAUGCAGCGAUGGUGUCAGACUACAGCAUAAAACUACAUCCAGCAUUAAGACACCACCAACCAGUUCAACCUCUCAGCCCAACUUUGACUCACAGCCAUCUGCGCUCCUCAGCCAGGCUUCUGAACCGUCUGAACAUUUAAACGGACACGACUCCCACGCUGCCGCCCACGCUCAGAGCAGCACUCGCAGCAGCAGCCACAGCAGAGCGACUCAUUCACACUCCUACAGACAGUCCAGCUCCGCCUCCUCCUCCACCCAGCAGACACAGAGCAAGGCCUUACCUCAGGACCCACAGCGGGUUCAAGCACAGUCUCAGGCCUCCGACGGAGGAGUCCCCGCUGGUCUAGCCAGCACCCUGGAACAUAUCAUAGGUCAACUGGAUAUUCUCACCCAGACAGUUUCGAUCUUGGAGCAGCGGCUGACGCUGACUGAGGACAAGCUCAAAGAGUGUUUGGAGAACCAGAUGGAGAUCGGCCUACAUCUCCAGAGACGAGAGGAGGCCUAAAGAUGGCGGUGUCGCCGAGAGGUCGAGCUGAGUGGUGUGAGGGAAAUGGGGUCACAUCUCCACCAUUAGCAGCAACACUCAUACAGAACACUCUCCGUGUUGUGAGAUUACACUUGGAAAAAUGCGAUUUUCACACGCGAACACAUUCACAAGGGUUGGCGUGAACCAUUUUCCUGACUGGACUUCAAAUGCACCCUGAGCCUCCCUGUGCAUGCAGAGUGUCAAGUUGUUUUACAAAGAGAUAUCAGAAGUGAAAGAGCUGAAUAUUAGAGAAGUUGUUCCUCUACAACAGUGCUGAGAGCGCAGUCUCAUUUCUGCUGACGAAGGACCUGCUGCUAGUCACUUAGUGUUUGUGUGUUUGUGGGCGUGUGUGUGUGUGCACACAGUUUCUUUAAAAAGUGUAGACACAUGUGACUUUGGUACUUGCCUAUGUACUGCACAUGUGGAUGUUUCAACUCGUUUGUGCAGCAAGCUCGUUCUAAACGGUCUCAAUAAAAUGCUGUUUUCCCAAAAACACAAGAAAACACACAGAUAACGUCACCCUCUCAGUUGAACUCAAGCUAGUACAGGAAUUUUAUAGUUUUUUAAAAGUGGCGGCUUGUUGAAUUAUCCGUUAAAUUGGGUUCUUAGCUAUCAUAUAUUUAGUAAGUAUGUUGUUCCCAGGUGUUUCUUUUUUCACAUGACAUUAUUGCUAGAGGUGCUGAUACUGCAGCGCUAAACCAGUUCAUUUACGGUCUGACAUGAAGUGAGUUGGUAAGUUAAGGUGAAACAGUCUGCUGCUGUUCUUUUACUUUUUCUUUUUUUUUUUUUUAAUCAAACAAAACCUUUAAAAAACCUUCAACUUAAAUUGAAGUGAUUUCGGUCUUAAUUGUCACCUCUAUCGUUACUCCUGAACCUGAAUACUCCUGAAUACAUCAAUAACUCUACUUACACUGCUCUUAAUAGAAGGGAUGGAAGCGUUCUGAGUUCAAAAACAAAGACAGUUAGUUUUGUGAAGCAUCAUCUCAAAGAAAUGUGAGUUGUCCCUAUCGGUUGACAGUUUUAGUUGGUUUCAGUUGAUGUUAGUUUGAACUAGUUCCAUGCAGUGAGAUACAGAGUUUACAUUUGGUAGAGGUUUCCUAAAGACAACAUUGCCUUACAUUUGAGGAACCUUUCUGGCCUUGAAAUGUGUGAUACCAUAUACAUGUUCCUUUUUUUAAGAUGUGCUACAGCUGAACAGAUGAGCAGUAAACCAAUUAGUUGAUCGCACAAAAAUGCAAUACAAAUUCAAUAUUGGUUCAAUCGUUUCAUUCCGUUUCAAAGCCGAAAAGGUCAACCAUAGGUCAAACUUAAAAGUCAAAUAAACAGCAGAAAGUUGCGUCUUUGAAAGCAAAUGAAGGGUCUUUGGGUUUUAGACUGAUAGACAUGACUUGAACAUUGCUCUAUGAGCUGUAGGAAGUAUCGCAGUGAAUUAAAAAGCAGAUGCAUUGAAAUGAUAAAGAUUAGUUUCAGCUCUACUAAGGUCCACGGGUGGAGUGGGAACGUGUUGAAAUCACUUUCUGUUGUGUUCUUCUCAUUGGUUUGUCCACUCUGAAAGAAAUUGAAAACAGCAGUCUUGUCAUAAAGUUGUAAUGUAAGUGCUUUUAAACUUGUAUUUUCUAAAUUAAAAAUGUUGUUAUAACUGCAGUUUGAAAGAUACAAAUCUUUAUAUAUUUCUGUCUGAAACUUUUAUACACUGUAUGUAACUUAUUGUUUCCCU